UUCUGCUUGCACUUAUGCUGACGUUUUGAAGUGUCAGACAUUUCAGACAUGCCACUGUUGGCUUGCGUUUGAGGGACGACGAAAAAAAAGAGACAAUGAGAUAAAAGGUUGAGUCAGUAUCUGUGUGACUGUGAACAGACAUCACGUGUUGGGCAAGCAGGAAAUAAAGGCAGUAAGGCACCGUGGGUACGUAACAGUCGCAGGCGACGCAGUACAAUAUUCGCCCACUGAGCAAAGUGGAAGUCGGAAUCGUUGAUCAUAAGGGAAACAUGAUUCCAAAAGCUGUAUUCGUUUUAAUUCUGAUCGUGAAAGUGUACUGUGCUAGUCCUCCAAGUUUUAGUGAUAGUUACUCAGUGAGAGGGACGUUAUAUAUACCGUAUGCUGAAAUCGAAGAACCUUUUUAUGCAUGGUUCGACCUGAAGCUGGGGGCCAGUCGAAUUGAUUAUUAUGGAGAUAUGGUGAAAACUUUUCAACUGAGUAAAUCUUCAAAAUAUGGGACAAGCAUAAAGGUAGCUCCUGUAUCUACUGACACUCAGUUAAACAAGCAGACAUGCCUCCAAGUAAAUGGGACUGACAAAUUUAAAAUUGAACCACAGGCUGUGCUACCAGAUCUUUCAGAUUUUCAGCUUAUUGGCAAAGAAGUUGUAAAUGGAGUGUCCUGUGAGAAGUGGCGAUUUGUUGAUAAAAUUGGAGCCAAAGUGAACAAAUACACAAUGUGGAUCUACUACAAGGGGGCAGCACAAAAACCACCUCAAAAUAUGGUUGCUAUUCCAGUCCGUUAUGAGAUGAAAGGAUAUAAUUCUCUUCUUGGUUCUCAUUAUGAUCAUUACUAUCUGGAAUAUGAUGAAUAUUCUGAUUCCCCACCAAAUCCGAAUGUGUUCCAGAUACCAGCAAAUAUGACGUGCACAUCAUUCCCGGGACCUGGAAGUAAACACAUAUACACUUUCAAUCCAAUGAAAGAAUUUGUCCAUAAUUAUGACAAACAUGUAGACAAAGCAUUUGAAGAGUUCAAACACAUCCACAAAAAGAGCUAUGUUAGUGACGUAGAACAUUCUCAGAGGAAAGAAUUGUUCAGGCAGAAUAUGAGGUUCAUUCAUUCAAAAAACCGUGCAAAUGUGGGUUAUACACUGGCAGUCAACCACCUAGCCGAUAGAACUGACUUGGAACUGCAAGCACUCCGUGGUCGCAAAUACACACCAGGCUAUAAUGGUGGUCAGCCCUUCCCUUACAAUGUAUCUGUUGAACUGAAGAAUGGACUUCCUAGUACAUUUGACUGGCGCCUGUAUGGAGCAGUCACUCCUGUUAAAGAUCAGUCUGUCUGUGGUUCUUGCUGGAGCUUUGGCACGACAGGUGCAAUUGAAGGAGCCUUCUUUGUUACCCAUGGGUAUCAAGUUCGCCUGUCACAACAGGCACUGAUAGACUGUAGUUGGGGUUAUGGCAACAAUGGCUGCGAUGGUGGUGAAGAUUUCCGCUCCUACCAAUGGAUGAUGAAACACGGUGGACUUCCUACGGAAGAUGAAUAUGGGCCAUAUCUAGGCCAGGAUGGAUACUGCCAUGUGGACAAUAUAACUCUCACUGCCAAGAUUACAGGCUAUGUAAAUGUUACCCCAGAUGAUGCAAAUGCAUUAAAGGUUGCCUUACUGAAACAUGGGCCAAUAUCUGUUGCUAUAGAUGCAUCCCAUAAGUCAUUCACGUUUUACUCUAAUGGAGUAUAUUUUGAUCCAAAAUGUGGUAACACUCCAGAUGAACUUGACCAUGCUGUUCUGUUGGUUGGUUAUGGAGCACUUGGUGACAAAAAGUACUGGCUUGUUAAAAACUCGUGGUCAACAUAUUGGGGAAAUGAUGGUUAUAUUUUGAUGUCUCCCAAAGAGAACAACUGUGGUGUUAUGACUUCACCAACAUAUGUCACAAUGUAAUCUAGUGUGAUGCUUAAUAAGAAAAAAAAAAGUCUAUAUUGGAUGAUUUGUUCAAGCAGACACUUGAGCAGUAGACACACUGUAAAGCAAAGAGUGAUUCGUUAUAAUGUGCAUUAUUUCUGUUAGAUAUUAAUCACAUGGUUCUUUAUCUGUAAUGUGAAUCUGAAAGGUAGAGACUAUUAAAACUGUU